AUGGGAAAUGCUUUUGCUCUGUUUCUUUAUUUGUCUCCAGUGGUUACCUUCAAAAGGAUCUUGAAGAAAAAAUCAACAGAGCAGUUUUCUGGCAUUCCCUUUGUCCUCACCUUGCUCAAUUGCUUGAUUGGUUCAUGGUACGGUUUGCCAUUUGUGUCGCAAAACAACUUUUUAAUAGCGACGGUUAACAUAACCGGGGCCGCGUUGCAAGCCAUAUUCUUGACGAUAUUUCUAAUUUAUGCGCCAAGAAGAGAGAAAAACAAAGUUAUUGGGGUGCUUACACUCGUGCUUGUCUUCUAUGCGAUUUACGUGUUUGUAUCUCUCUUUGCUUUACACGGCAAUGGCCGGAGGCUUUUCUGCGGUACCCUCACGACAAUUUGCGCCAUCAUCAUGUUCGCCGGACCAAUGGUCAUCAUAAUUCCCAGUGCAUGUGGGAGUGGAUUCGGAACGUUGCAGCUCAUACUAUACGCAAUGUACCACAAAAACAAAGGUCAGACGAAAAAAUCGACGGCUGACGAUCAGGCGACUGAUGAGAAGAUUGAUAGUGUGAAAAUCCAAAAAGAAAAGCCAUCCAACGGUCACCAAUCACAAGAUGAGCAAGUAUAA